AUGUAUUGUGUAUUUUUCUUUUUCCAAGAAUAUUAUGAUGGAACGCAGUUAAUUCGAUAUGCCAUGGCAGGACCAUUUUUAAUUUCGUUAUUCCAAUUUUUCCAAUAUUUUACAUAUGCAUCAAACUUGGGGUGGACAAACAUUCAAGCAGAGUUUAGAAGUGAAGAUGUCUCACGUCCAGUGACAGAUGAAUACCCGAAUGUGAGACAAAUCUUCUAUGCCAAGUAUGUGGCAUGGUUUUUAUGUUGGCCUAUUCAAAUAUUUAUGUUAGAAUUAGCAGGUGUUACUGUACGAGAAGGUGAGUUUGUCACCACAUGGGAAAUGAUUCACUCAUUAAUUGUACAGAUUAUAUCGUAUGAAUAUUGGAUCAUCUCACUGUUAGUUGGUUCAUUAAUCCAUUCUACCUAUAAAUGGGGGUAUUGGACCAUGGGGAUUUUCGUAUUAUUUGUUGUCAUGGGGGUUCAAUUCAAGAGACAAGUAUUUGAAUUGAAGAUCCGUGGGAUUUCAUUAUGGAUGUACUUAACAUCGAUGAUUAUUGUAUUGUUGUAUUUUGUAUGUUGGGGGCUUGCUGAUGGUGGUAAUGCUAUUACACCAGAUGGGGAAGCCGUGUUUUAUGGUAUUUUAGAUGAAUGUAUCUUUGGGAUAUGGACUGGUUAUUUGUGUUUUGUAAUAUCUAAUUAUGGAGCUUGGCCUGAGGUUGAAGGGUCAAUACCAGGGGGGAAAGAGAUCCAGGAGACUCCCAAGGAUGUGGAAGUGGGUUCAGGUACCACCGAAGGUUCUAGCGCUACUGUGAUUGAAGGUAUGUCUAAUGAAGCUCAAGGAAUGCGUAAUGAUAUGGGUAUGGGUAUGUCUAACGAGAUGGGUAUGUCUAACGAGAUGGGUAUGUUUAAUGAAACACAAGGUAUGUCUAAUGAAGCACGAGGUAUGCAUGGCAUUCAGAACAGUCAGGGCGACUCUAAUGAAGUAUAUAAUAUGGAUUUACCGAAUGCAAUGUAA